CACAAUCAUUUAAUGUAGCUGGUGUUUGACUAAUUCGCAUAUUUGCUGAGUAUUUUGUUUUUUUCCCCCGAAAUAUUUUUGGUUUGCAUAUUAUACUAAAUGUAUUUUAUGUUUGUAGCUUGGUGCAUGACAUCUACAAAUGAGUUUCCCCCAUGUGGUUAAUGCAGCUCGUGACAUCAUUGUUUACAGACUGGUCACAGAUAUACAAAUAUUUGCUGUGGUAGUACAAGAGGAAGUAAAAAGGAGUAAGCGAAUUCAAGAUAGCGAACGAGGAGACCGUGGAAUGUAAAUAGUAUGGCUUAGUCAGCCAGCGAAGCUCAACGUUUUCUGUUGAUUGGACCAACAGCAGUCUGAAUUUCACUACUUUUGUUGUUGCCAUUUACGCUGUCAACUGGCUUCAUGGUAUGGUACAAUUUCUAAGAAUAUGGUUACUCGAAUUCUCCAGCUGAUAUUUUCAGACGAAGCUAAGAAGUCAACCAUACCGCAUUGAUAUCCUAAAAACAUACUGAGUCAUCCAUGUCACGAGGCAAGGAACAAGCUUGACCAGCUUCAUCUCCCUUGUCACUUGUCCAUCUCUCUGGUGUAUUCCAUUGUAUAGUCAGGAAAAGCACAUCUCUCAUAACCAGAUACGUUUUGCCUCCCCCAAAGAUAACUUUGCUCUAGUUUGCAGCUGUACCUGCAAUGGACAGAGGCAGUGCCUGCAAAUUAUCUGUAAGAUAAUUGUACUUUUGUUAAGGUUAAAUUGAUAAAUAUUUUGUGUAAAGAUCAUUAUCUUUUGUUAGAGGAAGUUUUGUGAAAUCCACUCUGUCUUACAGUCUGAAUGACAUAAAACCGACAGAGCGACUGUGGAUUCUGCUGUAGCCGUCCAUCAACCCUGUUUUGCAAACUAAGGACACUGUUACUCAGGAAUACCAGGGAACUGAUUGUCGGGUAGAUUUCCCUCAAGGUUCACCUAGAAGUUCACUGCCAACUUUUAAAGCCAUGAAUAUACUUAAUGUAAAGGGCUGAGUUUGUUUUUCUACGCUUAUACAGCCUAAGCCUGAAGUAGUCUUUACCGACGAUUUGGCCUUAUUUUCUAUUGAUUAAGUGCUACAUUGAACAUUACCCAGCUAUGGCGGAUUCUGGCACUGAGAUAGUCGGAGGAGAUCUCCUGAGCGUUGUCAAAGAUGACUGCUCUCUGACAGCGGCCAUUUCUGAAGAGGGUGGCCUUCCACCAGGGUCCUCUGUGGCUAAAGAAAGCCACAAAGCAGAGCCCUUGGACCGUGAAGAUUCCACCAAAGUCCCAUCAGUCAAGACCCCAAUUAUGGAAGCAGAAGGUUCUGACAAACACAGUGGAACCGCACUCACGCCAGCCGCCACGUGUGCCACCAUGUCUGAAAACGGCACAACAGAAGACGCUCAAUCCACCCCGCAGAGCCAAACUCUGACCGAAGUGAAUGGGGAAAGCUCAGAGGCCAUGUUUGGAAGGUCGGACGAGAAUAGCCAGUCGGCUACAAGCGACUCUCCCUCCUUCUCCAUCCGCAGCCUGGAGUUCUUCGAGGACAACACUGGGAAUGACGAGCCAUUGUCGUCCUACUCUGCCCUGGGCAACGAGGGCCGCUCCCCCUCUGCUGACAUCCCCGGCCUGGUCAGUGACGUCCUGGCUGCCGCAGCCACGGGAGGGGCCACCGCCGCCCCGGACCCAGAGCCCAUGAUGCCGGCCUACUACUUUGUGAAAUGGAUCACCUGGAAGGAGAAGAAGACACCCAUCAUCACGCAGAGUGAGAACGGGCCCUGUCCCCUGCUGGCCAUCAUGAACACCCUGUUUCUGCGCUGGAAGGCCAAGCUACCCGCCCAGACAGAAGUAGUCACCACAGAGGACCUGAUGGCUCACCUUGGAGAGUGCGUAUUGUCCAUCAAACCCAGGGAGAAGGCUGAGGGAAUGGAGCUCAACUUUCAGCAGAACAUGAGCGAUGCCAUGGCAGUUCUGCCAAAGCUGUCCACGGGCCUUGACGUCAACGUGCGCUUCACAGGCGUGUCGGACUUUGAGUACACACCAGAGUGUAUCGCCUUUGACCUGCUCGAUAUCCCGCUCUACCAUGGCUGGCUGGUGGACCCUCAGAGCCCUGAGAUGGUGGCAGCGGUGGGAAAACUAAGCUACAACCAGCUGGUAGAGAAGAUCAUCGGAUACAAGCAUUCGGACGACAGCAGCCGUGUCAGUGAAGGUUUGGUGGCAGAGCAGUUUCUGGAGUCCACAGCGACCCAGCUAUCGUACCACGGACUUUGUGAGCUCAACACUACAGUCAAGGAGGGCGAGCUGUCCGUGUUCUUCAGAAACAACCACUUUAGCACUAUGAUAAAGCACAAGGGCCACCUGUACCUGCUGGUGACAGACCAGGGCUUCCUGCAGGAGGGGGGGCUGGUGUGGGAGAGCCUACACAACGUGGAGGGCGACGGCAACUUCUGCAACUCAGACUUCCGCCUGUGCCACCCGCCCCAGAGGAGCGUCCUCGUGACACAGCCCGACAGUCUCACGCCCCAGCAGCAGCAGAGACAGAUCGACCAGGACUACCUGGUGGCCAUGUCUCUGCAGCAGCAGCAGGGGGCGGCCCCGGGGCCCCUCAGUGACCUGGACCUGGCCAGACGGCUGCAGGAGGAGGAGUACCAGCAGCAGCAGCAGCAGCAGCAACAAGGUCCCUCCCAGGCCCCAGCACAGCAGGUGAGAGGUCAUUUGGCAGCCAAGCCGGGAGGUCAGAGGAGACGGGAGAAAAAGGAUGAUUCCGACUGUGCCAUAUUAUAGCGAACACCUAAACUUACCCAAGUCCCCAUUAGCCUGCACUUCAUUGCAUUAAGCCAACCCCUAAUACACACACACAGUUAGGGGAUUGUGCCCCUGCCAUCUCAAUGCCAAACUCACCCUUCACACUAAACCUAACCUCGAGGUUGUACCUCACUCACUACCUCCCCAUCUCUCACCCUUGUUCUUCUUUGAACAUACAGGCCAGAAGGUGGCAGUACUAGUUCCGCUUUGCUAGACCACAGAAUAUAAUCUAAAUGUGAAUUGAGGUUGCAGAGAGGAAAUCCAAUGCAGUUAGUUGGUUACAGCAGCUGAUAAUCAUCCAAGACACGUCACAACCCAGGUAGAGUCACACAUCAGGGGUUGUCUUCUAUUCAGCUAUCACUGCCCCUCUUGAGAAAUAUGAGAGAAGUUUGUAACUGUGGUCUGGUUUGGUUUCUAUGGCAAUGAGGCAGGCAGUGGUCUGAUUUGUAAGACAAGUGGACAGAAAGUGAAGGUCUAAAUUUGAAAGGGAAGUCACUACAGCCCUGACCAACUGAUGCAUCUUAAUGGAUGAUGCAACUUUUGAAAUGGCAAAAAGUCGCCUUAGAAAGCCCUGUUUUUAAGCAAACUGUCGGGUAGUCGUCAUCUGACGCAUUUAAGCCAUGAUGGAAACUUGAGUACAUUCCUGUCCUAUACAGAACAAUGCACAAUUAUGCCUGGGUCGAGAAGCGGACUCUGCAAGCCCGACGAACGAACGAAGAGAUGGCCUUGAGGGCAGUGUUCCCCAAAGUCCUAUCUGUGGUGGUUGUAAGCAUGGGCUUUACUUUUGCUGUCAUAUAGUGUACUAUGCUGUAGUUAGUAGCAGGGAGGAAUUAUGCAGAAGUAGAAUGGUAUGGGCAGUGAAGGGGUUCUGCUGGAGCAUCUUUUGUGGAUGACUUUUAAGAUCAGUGGGGGGUUAAAGAUGACUAUAUGGGAAUAAGAAUUAAAGGUCGAAUGUAGCUGUUUUUAUCUCAAUUUAAAAUAAUUGCUAGGUAAGAAUUUAAAUGGUCAAAAAGAAACAAAUAGCUUAGGAAAGAGCCAUAUCUGGAGCAAGAAUUUUGAUAGGACUGUCUGUCUGCGAGUGGUCUGAGUGGGGAGGGGAAACCUGAAAAUUAGCUGAGAGGUUUGGAACUCUUUCUUAUUGGUCUAUUAACCCAUUUCAGGCAGGCCGAAAUUUCAUCCCACCACCACAGGCUAACAUUUCUGAAUAUAACAGUAUUAUUCCAACAUCAGUGUGGAAGUAUAUAUAUAUACACACUGAACAAAAAUAUAAACGUAGCAAUUUCAAUAAUUUUAAAGAGUUACAGUUCAUGUAAUGAAAUCAGUCAAUUGAAAGGUAAAUAAAUUGGGCCCUAAUCUAUGUAUUUCACAUGACAGGGCAGGGGUGCAGCUAUGGUUGGACCUGGGAGGGCAUAGGCCCACCCACUUGGGAGCCAGGCCCAGCCAAUCAGAAUGUGUUUUUCCCAACAAAAGGGCAUUAUUACAGACAGAAAUUCUCUAAAUGACAUUAUGGUAGAGAAAUUAACAUAACAUUAUCUGGCAACAGCUCUGGUGGACAUGUCUGCAGUCAGCAUGCCACUCAACUUGAUACCUCUGUUGCGUUGUGUGACACAACUGCACAUUUUAGUGGCCUUUAAUUGUCCCCAGCACAAGGUGCACCUGUGUAAUAAUCAUGCUGUUUAAUCAGCUUCUUGAUAUGCCACACCUGUCAGAUGGAUGGAUUAUCUUGGCAAAGGAGAAAUGCUCACUAACAAAUCAAAUGUAUUCAUAUAGCCCUUCUUACAUCAGCUAAUAUCUCAAAGUGCUGUACAGAAACCCAGCCUAAAACCCCAAACAGCAAGCAAUGCGGGUGUAGAAGCACUAACAGGGAUGUAAACUAAUUUGUGCACAAAAUAAGAGAUAUGCUUUUUGUGCGUAUGGAACAUUUCUGGGAUCUUUAACUUCAGCUCUUGAAACAUGGGACCAACACUUUACAUGUUGCGUUUAUAUUUUUGUUCAGUCUACAUAAGACAGGUAAAUCAUGUUUUUGACUGCACUGGGCCUUCAAGCAAAUCUGGUGCUUGAACCAACUAUGAGAAGUCUGCAUUUGAUUUACAGCACUUAACAAUAAAGUUCAGGCACUUAAUUCAGUUUUGAGACAGUCGGCUAUACAGGGCCUUUUGAAGUAGCUUUAGGGGGACGGGCUUUUAGCAACACUACAGAAAUAGACCACACCUUGACGCCAAGUGUUAAUCGUCACCACUUGCUUUGAAUUUAAUUUGUCAUGUCAGUAAAGGAAAAUCUAAACAAAUCA